UCAGAGCAAUAUAAAGAAAAAAAUAAAAAUAAAAAUAAAUGUCAGCACAUUCAGACUCAGCAGCAGCUUCUCCUGCUAGCAGAGAAUUACCGUCGACGUCAUCGUCACCGUCAAAUCCGAUACAAAUACCUCUGACAUGGCCGCCCGACGGCAAGGUGGAUCUGGACUGGAUCCACCAUCUGAUGUCCGCCUUCGACUGGUCUUCCAAGAAUCUCCCGCCGUCCGAUUUCCCCUCGGUCCUUCCGGUCCAGGCAUUCGACGGUCUGGUUCUGACCGCGUCCAAGAUCCUCCACAAGGAGCCCAACUGCCUCACAAUCGAGCCCGACGAAGACUCGAGCGCAGCUGCUGAGGUAGUGGUCGUCGGGGACGUUCACGGCCAGUAUCAUGAUCUCCUCUUUCUUCUUCAGGACGCUGGCUUUCCCUCCGAAAAUCGCUUCUUCGUCUUCAACGGCGAUUAUGUCGACCGAGGCGCUUGGGGCCUCGAGACCUUUCUUCUCUUGUUGGCCUGGAAGAUCUUUAUGCCACAUAGAGUAUUUCUUCUACGCGGAAAUCAUGAGUCCAAGUAUUGCACCUCUGUUUAUGGCUUUGAGAAAGAGGUGCUGACAAAGUAUGGAGAUAAAGGUAAGCAUGUCUAUCGGAAAUGUUUGGGGUGCUUCGAAGGGCUUCCCUUGGCCUCUAUUAUAGCUGGACGUGUAUAUACUGCUCACGGAGGGCUUUUCCGCAGCAUUCCUGUGACCCCAUCAAAGAGAUCAAAAGGGAAGAAGAAUAGAAGGAUUAGUUUCAACUCCGAUCCCAAGUCUUUUACUCUUGGUUCGUUGGACGAAUUGUCUAGGGCUCGAAGGUCAGUUCUUGAUCCUCCCUGGGAAGGUUUGAAUCUGAUUCCUGGUGAUGUGCUAUGGUCUGAUCCAUCAAUGACUCCCGGUCUUUCUCCGAAUAAGGAGCGAGGCAUUGGUCUAUUGUGGGGUCCUGAUUGCACAGAAGAAUUCCUGAAAAAUUUCAAUCUAAAGUUAAUCAUCAGAUCGCAUGAAGGCCCUGAUGCAAGGGAAAAGAGGCCUGGUUUUGGAGGAAUGGAGGAAGGGUACACCAUAGAUCAUGUUGUGGAGUCUGGAAAGCUGAUUACUCUGUUUAGUGCUCCAGACUACCCACAAUUUCAGGCAACAGAAGAAAGGUAUAAAAAUAAGGGGGCGUACAUUGUUCUGGAACCCCCUAAUUUUGAUAAUCCAAAAUUUCAUAGCUUUGAAGGGAUUGCUCCAAGACCACAGGUGAAUGCCUACUAUAAUUAUGAAGAUGUGAUAGACUCGGAUGAAGAAUUGGACCUGACAUCGAUGGUAACUACUUCUGAAGGUUCAUAAUCAAUUGCUGCAUAUGGAAUUUGUAACAUUUUUUGAAGCUGUACAUGUAUUCUCCUUGAGUUUAUUGUAUUUUAGCCCUAUUGUAAGAGGUUUUCUUUUCCUUGCCCCUUUCAAAUCUAGAAUUUUGCAUUAAGCUCAGACAGGGCAAUUUUACAGUAUGAAACUGUUUUGGCUGUUACAUUCAUAAAGUUAACAGUAAUGGUUGGAGAGGUAAUAUCUUCAGUGGAAUAUGAGGGGGAAAUACUUCUUCAGAAGAUAUUCCUCACCUCAAGAUACCUAGUUUGCUUACAUUUAUGUAAAAUAGCUCAAGGGAGUGCUUGCUAAAAUCUUGAUAAUUUGAAGUUCCAUUACUUUAAAA